GCAAUCCCGAGUCCCUGCUCGGCCCGGCGCGGCCCACGGAGGGACCUCGGGGACGGCUGCGGGCGGCGCCGCGCGACGAACACCUCCACCACCCCGCGCCGCAGGUCGCGCAGCCCCCGCUCGGCGGCACAGGGACUCCCACCCCUCCCUCCUGGCCGCGCCCCCCACGGGGCGGUCUCGCUGCGUGGCCCCGCCCUCCGGCAGCGCCCGGCUCCGUUCGGGGAGGGCGGGGUGCUCGGCCGGCGGUCCGUGCGUCACUGCCCGCGGCAGGUGCGGGGCGAGGCGGGGGCGCCGCAGGAAAGAUUCUGCAUCCCAAAUGAACUACGAAAAUCCUCCACCUUACCCUGGCCCGGGCCCAACGGCCCCUUACCCACCCUAUGCACCACAGCCGGGAGGCCCUCCUGGCCCCUACCCUGGCUAUCCGCCCGGACCCGCAGGGCCAUACCCACCACCAGGCCAGCCGGGCUAUCAAGGUUAUCCGCAGUAUGGAUGGCAAAAUGCACCUCCGCCUCCAGGACCGGUGUACGCAGAUGGGCCUAAAAACACAGUGUACGUCGUGGAGGAGAGACGGAGGGAUGACUCAGGCGAGAGCGCCUGCCUGACGGCGUGCUGGACCGCGCUCUGCUGCUGCUGCCUCUGGGACAUGCUGACCUGAGCCGCCGGAGCUGCCGUACCUCUCACGAGUGCUAUGCAGUCUCCCCACUCCUUUCCUGACUCCUUUCUGUUACUGUAAUCAAUGCUCUGCUUUGCGCAGCCAAGAGUUCCUGUCUGUCAGUCCUAGCGCCUUGCUGGGGUGGGGGGUGCACUCCUUUAUUUUAGUAAAGGAAAAUCCCUUUUUAACAUUUCUAAAACUUUUGUUGUAACUUUGAAGAAUGUGCUCAUGGUGUAUUUCAGCCAAAGGCAUUCUGAUGAAAUGUAUAUUUAUCGGUUGAAAUUUUCCUAGUCCUAGAAAUGAAGAUAUACGCAAUAAUUAAAGCCAACAGUUGAUUUUAUUUGCUAGGUCCCAAUUGUUUCAAUAAAUCUGUCCCAUAGAGGG